CACUGACAAAAUAAUUUUUACCCUAAUAUUUGUUAGAGUUACAUAUAUGUUGCAGACUGGUGGAUUCCCUUCUUGUGUCCUUAGGAAGCUUUCCGUCCACAGCACGAUAUUGACUGCAGAAUUGGGCUCAUUUGGGCCAUGGCUGAGAUGGUUCCUCUCGUCAUCCUCCAUGUGUGGUAUAUGGGAGUCUCAGAUCAUGGCCUUUCCACCAGAAACAUGCCAUCAUCUGUUUCUCUUCUUCACCAUCUCCUAUUAAAUGGUACAAACCUGGGACCUUCUUCAUAUUUGGCUCUUUGCCAAAACAUAUUUUGUUCUAAGUGGAUUUGCCUGUUUGUUCUUUUUCUCAUUUCUUCAUUUAUUUCUGUAUUCAAUACAGGUUUAUUGUGGCUUGUCAUGUGGAAAACACUAGCUUUGAGAUUGUAAGGAAUUAUAUAGAGAUGAACAAAGCAUAAAAUAUUCCAGGGAUGUUGCUUUUGGUAGCUUUACUUUUGGAACUUCUCUUUUAGAAUUGCCUUUAAAAUGAAUUUUUGUUACACACAUGCCUACAUAUUUGUCUUAGUUUAGGAAGAGUCAGAGAAACUGAGCCUUUCCUCAGUCUCCCAGGGAAAGAAAGGGUGAGAAACACAGAAUGUCACUAGGCCCCUGAUGAACCCAGUGAUAGAGUCUCACAGGACCUAGUUCCCUACCAAGGGAAGAUGCGUAUUUUCCUUGUCAUGGUCCUGGCCUUGCUCACCUGCUCAGUCUCCAGUUUUUAGAAGUUGUCCAAUUCCCACAAUGCCCCCUUCCUUUAGUUCUGUAACAUUUUCACUUAGGGGAGAAGGCUGCUUACCAUCUUGUAUCAGGAUCCUGAGGGAGUUGUCAUCUUGCAGGAUGGUGAGGUGAGAUCUCUCUAGUAUCUUAGCAUUUGGUUUCUAUCUGUUGUGCUUAGAACCUGAAGACUGGAGAGCCUCAGAUACCCCUCAAGAGUAUGUUUAACUCCUGGCAGGCCCUAGAGUUUUCUGUGAACUGUCCUGUUUCCUCCUUGGAAAACACCUGCUUGAAAGGGAGCUCAGUCUGGCUUCAAAGUGUCAUCUGAGAUAAGUGGGUGAGUUGUCUCAGAGGCACAUCCAACUCAGAUGAAAGUGCCUCUGGGGUCAUAACAGGCUCUGGGGGAAGAUUUGAUUUGUGGGCUUUCAUCUCACAUAUUUCACUCAACUAUUUUACCAUUGGGCUUAUGGGGUCUCCACUGCUCGUCUUCACAGGUAUCCAUGCAAUGCCAUGGGUAGGAGAGUGGGGAUCAGAGUCCUGGGCCUGAAUAGGACCUUCCAGCUGCUCCUCUGUGGGUUGAUGGAAGAGGAAUGGGACAGUGAGGAUGGAGUUUACUGUCAUUGAAAGGCAGUAUAUUGUAUGGACGGAAUAUGGGCUGUGGUGCCAGAGGUAGAUUGGGGUCAUCUGGACUAUUUAGUUGUUGACAUGCCACCCGGAACUGGAGAUGUGCAGUUAUCAGUCUCACAGAAUAUUCCCAUUUCAGGUGCUGUGAUUGUCUCCACGCCCCAGGACAUUGCACUGAUGGAUGCACACAAGGGUGCUGAGAUGUUUCGAAAAGUCCGUGUGCCUGUUCUGGGCCUUGUCCAAAAUAUGAGUGUUUUCCAGUGUCCAAAAUGUAAACAUAAAACUCAUAUUUUUGGUGCUGAUGGUGCCAGAAGACUAGCACGGACCCUUGAUCUUGAUGUUCUAGGGGACAUUCCCUUACAUCUUAAUAUAAGGGAAACUUCAGAUACUGGCCAGCCGAUUGUGUUUUCACAGCCUGAAAGUGAUGAGGCCAAAGCUUACCUGAGGAUUGCCGCAGAAGUGGUAAAAAGAUUGCCACCACCUCUAAAGUGAAUUCCCCAAGUGUUCUGGAAAUUUGCCUGGUGUUUAACAAUAAGAAGACCUUUGGAAAUCAGCAGUGUGGUGAUGCAACCUACAGGAAUAAUAGAAUCAUGGUUAUUUUCUUUUAUUUCUAAGGAAAUAAUGUCUUAUUUUCAGAUUUGAUUUGCUAAGCAAUGACUCACAAGUAAAAUUUUUAUAUAUCAAUGGUAACUGCUACAUUUAGGAAUUUUUUUUUUUUUUGAGUGCUGAUGUGUACCAACUGCACAGAACUGCAUUUUUUUAAAUGAACUACCCCUUGGGGAAUCAUGAGUUUAUAUUAUAAGCUCAGCCUUCAAUUCAGGAGAGUUAAAACUGUAUUCUUUUUGUGGGACUAUGGAGUUAGUCAUUUAAAGGAUUUAUUAACUGCGUACUAAGUGUGAUAACUCCAUCAGUCAGUUUGGUCUGAGUUUCAAUCUUGUCUUGGACAGUCUUGGACACGUUCUUAAUGUAAAAUAACUUCUGCUUCAUCUGGACCAGGCUCUACCCUAAAUUUACUGAAUAUAAUCUGCAGGGGUGGGGCCUGGACAUGUAUAUUUUUAACAAGAUCACAAUGAUUUUGAUGAUUCUGGUUAUGAUGGCAAUAGUUAUAAUAAUAGAUAACAUCUAUCAGGUGUUUCCUUGUGUCCAUAGAGUUAAUCUUGCAUUCGUAUGAGUGGGGUACUGUUGUUACCUUCAUUCUAUAGAUGAGAAAACUGAGAUAUGGGAGUGUUAAGUGUUUUGCCGAAGGUUUCUGUUCUAGCAAGUGAUAGAGCUGGAAUUUGAACUUGGACAGUGGGAUACUGGAUCCUCUCUUUUUUAUACCAAAGAACAUUUGUUUAUUUCAAAAGAGAAAUACGGUAUUCACCAUUUCCUCCAACUUACUUGACCAUGAAGGCCUUAUCCUAUCCCUUUUAGGAGCAUUUCAUGGAGUUUGUGUUUCAAAUGAUACACUUUGAAAAGCAUAUAUCUUAUCUAGUUGAGGCUCAAAGAUAUUUGGGGGAGCUUUCCAAGGUCAGGAAGCAAAAUAGUUAUAAAGCUGCAAGUACUGAUAAGACUCAUUAGUUGACCCUCAGUUACAAAGAAGUGGUCUAUGACUUUUGGCAAAUACCUUGACAUCUUCUGCUUUGUAGUUAAACAGGUAGAAAAUUAGAGAGUCACAUGUUGUUAUAAACAUGUUUUCACACACUUGUAUUCACAUAAAAAACUGUUCAUGGCAAUUUUAUUUGUAGUCACCAAAAACAACACAGAGCUUUUCAGUGGGCAGAUGGUUAAACAAAAUGUGAUCUAUCCAACCAUGGAAUACUACUCGCCAAUGAAAAAGAGCAAACUAUGGAUACCUGCAACAACCUGGAUGAAUUCUAGACCAUUGUGCUGAAUGAGAGAGCCAAUCCCAAAAGGUUUUAUACCAUAUGGUUCCAUUUAUGGAGCAUUCUUGAAAUGACAAAAUUAUAGAAACGGAGAACAAAUUAGUGGUUUCUGGAAUUUAAGGGGAGAGGGUUGCAAGGGAGAGAAUUAUGUGUGCCUCUAAAUGGGCAACAUAAGGAAUCAUCAUGAGGAUGGAAAUGUUCUUUGUUAUGACUGUGUCAAUACCAAUAUCUUGGGGGAUAUUGUACUAUAGUUUUGCAAGAUGUUACUGUUAGAGGAAAUUGGGUAACAGGACACAAUGGAAUCUCUGCACGUGAAUCUACAGUUACCUCAAAGUAAAAAUAAAAUUUUAAUUAAAUAAACA